AUGGCCCUGAAGCGCAUUAACAAGGAGCUCACCGACCUCGGCCGGGACCCGCCCUCUUCGUGCUCUGCGGGGCCGUCCGGCGAUGAUCUCUUCCAAUGGCAGGCGACGAUCAUGGGUCCUAGUGAUUCCCCGUAUUCUGGCGGUGUCUUCUUUCUUCAGAUCCAGUUCCCUACGGACUACCCGUUCAAGCCGCCAAAGGUCCACUUCAACACCAGGAUCUACCACCCCAAUAUCAACGCAAAUGGCAGCAUUUGCUUAGACAUUCUGCGUGACCAAUGGAGUCCGGCUUUGACCAUAUCCAAGGUUCUGCUCUCCAUCUGCUCUAUGUUGACGGACCCGAACCCCGACGACCCGCUGGUGCCCGAAAUCGCCCACGUGUACAAGACGGACCGGGCGAAGUACGAGCAGACGGCGCGCGAGUGGACUCGGAAGUAUGCUGUCUAG